UCUCCAACAGGCUUCGUUGAGUGCAGUUGAAAGACCAGUUUUAUAGAAACAAUCAUGACCAAUACGGAUUUGAAAGCCCUUGAGCUUCUGUUCCAGCGUCCUCUGGAACCGGUGUUCACCACCCGUGACUCGGGUAGAACCGUGCUGGAAUUGCCCGAUAGUUUCUAUACGGAUCGCUAUCGCAAUGACACCGAGGAGGUGGGCAAUCGGUUCUCCAAGGAUGUGGACUUGAAGAUCCCCAUUCAGGAGUUGGCCAGCGUUCCCAAUCUGGACUUCACCAAGAAACUGGGUCCCAAGAACCAGUUCUCCCUGUUUAACGAUCGCCAUCGGGAGAUUGCCAGCCAACUGAUCACGCUUUUCAUGGGUGCCCCCAAUCUCAGGCAAUUUGUGUCCCUCUCCGUUUACACCAAGGAUCGUGUGAAUCCCGUGCUGUUCCAGUACGCCUAUGCCGUGGCCAUUGCCCAUCGUCCGGAUACCCGUGAAGUGCCCAUUACCAACAUUUCCCAGAUCUUCCCCAGCAACUUUGUGGAGCCCUCCGUCUUUCGGGAUGCCCGUCAGGAGGCCUCGGUGAUUGACAACAGUGGUGCGCGAGUCCACUUGGACAUUCCGCGUAACUACACGGCUUCGGAUCGCGAGGAUGAGCAGCGACUGGCCUAUUUCCGGGAGGACAUCGGAGUGAACAGCCACCACUGGCACUGGCACUUGGUCUACCCCACCACGGGACCCAUGGAGGUGGUCAACAAGGACCGUCGUGGCGAGCUCUUCUACUACAUGCACCACCAGAUCCUGGCCCGCUACAAUGUGGAGCGAUUCUGCAAUAAUCUGAAGAGGGUCCAGCCUCUGAACAAUCUGCGCGCUGAGAUUCCUGAGGGCUACUUCCCCAAGAUCCUGUCCAGCGUCAAUAACCGCACCUAUCCGGCCCGAGUCUCCAAUCAGUUGUUGAGGGAUGUGGACCGCGAGGAUGCCAAAAUCGAGCUCUCCGAAGUGGAGCGCUGGCGGGAUCGCGUCCUGGCCGCCAUCGAUCAAGGAUAUGUCGACGAUCCCUCUGGCAAUCGUACGCCUUUGGACGAAGUUCGUGGCAUCGAUAUUCUGGGCAACAUGAUUGAAGCCUCGCCCGUGCUGUCCAUCAACUCGAAUUUCUAUGGCAAUCUGCACAACGAGGGCCACAACAUCAUCUCCUUUGCCCACGAUCCCGACCAACGGCACUUGGAGGAGUUCGGCGUGAUGGGCGAUGUGACCACGGCCAUGAGGGAUCCGAUCUUCUACAGGUGGCACGGAUUCAUCGACUCGGUGUUCAACAAGUUCAAGAGCCGUCUGGCCCCCUACAAUGCCGCCCAGCUGAACUUCGAUGGUGUGUCGGUGGACUAUAUCGAGGCCAAGAUUGGCAAGUCCAACACCAAGGCCAACACUUUGUUGACCUACUGGCAGAAGUCGAGUGCCGAUUUGGCAGCUGGUCUGGACUUUGGACCCUCGGCCGAUGGCAACAUCCUGGCCUCGUUCACCCACCUGCAGAAUGCCCCCUUCACCUACACCUUCAAUGUGACCAAUAGUGGGGCCAAGCGGACGGGCACCUGCCGCAUCUUUAUCUGCCCGAAAGUGGAUGAGCGCAAUCAGCCACUGCGGCUGGAGGACCAGCGACUGCUGGCCGUCGAAAUGGACAAGUUUACGGUGGAUUUGGUGCCGGGCGUGAACACCAUACGCCGCCAGUCGACGGAGUCCUCGGUGGCCAUUCCCUUCGAGCGCUCGUUCCGGCCAGUUGGGGCGGACUAUCAGCCCACAGCCGCCGACGAGCUGGCCCGCUUCCGCUUCUGCGGCUGUGGGUGGCCACAGCACCUUCUGCUGCCCAAGGGCACUGCCCAGGGCAUGCUCUUCGACCUGUUCGUCAUGAUUUCCGACUACUCGCAGGACUCUGUGCAGCAGAAUAAUACACCCAACGAUGCCUGCAGCACGGCUUACUCGUUCUGCGGUCUGAAGGACAAAUUGUAUCCUGACAGGCGCACCAUGGGCUAUCCUUUCGACAGGCGACUGCCGAAUGCCAAUCUCACGGAAUUGGUUGGCGCCUUCGGCAACAUGGCCAAAACCGAUUUAAGGAUUGUCUUCAACGAUCGCGUGGUUGACAAGGCCUAAGCGAUUGACAACAUCAUGUGAACUGACCCCAAAGAUCAAAGGAAACGGACUUCAAAAGAAAUUACUCUUGGAACUGGAAACUGAGCAUUUACCCUUUACUUAUCUAUAUACAUUUGCGCGUCUCAAUUUGGUGUUUCAUCGUGUUAGUUUAUAUUCAAUAAAAAUAAAUAUACUAAUUGCAAGCUUA